AGAAAGAAAAGAAAACGACACGUUGUGAACAUAAGUUGGCUAGAUACGACUCUUAUCCCAAAACCACAUUACCCGAAGCAUAGUCUUAAAAACAAGUAGUCACCAGUAACAGAAUUGUGUUGUACUUUGUGAUGGGGAGAAGGAGAGGGAGCUCGGCGGUGAACAAAUUGUUCGCAUGGGUGAGAAGGCAAUCGAUCAAGGUCAAAGUGUUCUUGGCUGUGACGGCUCUUGUUUCCUCCCUGCUGGCUCUCAAAUUGCUCGUCAAGGAUCACUCCCAUUUCUUUGUUGCUUCCGAAGCUAUUCACGUCUCUGGCAUCGCUGUCUUGAUUUUUAAGCUCACUACCCAGAACAAUUGCUCUGGGCUCUCUCUCAAGACACAAGAGCUUACAGCUAUAUUCACAGCUGUCAGACUGUAUUGUAGUUUUCUCAUGGAAGGUGACAUUCACACUGUGCUUGAUUUUGCAACACUUGUUUUUACGGCAUGGGUUAUUUACAUGAUAAGGUUCAAAUUAAGGUCAACCUACAUAGCGGAGCUGGAUAACAUGCCACUAUAUUAUCUGGUGGUGCCUUGUGCAAUCCUAAGCGUAUUGAUCCACCCAUAUACACAGCACUCGUUUGUCAGCCGAAUCCUUUGGGCAUUCUGUGUCUACCUGGAGUCUAUUUCAGUGUUGCCCCAGCUUCGCAUGAUGCAAAAUGCAAAGAUGAUCGAACCAUUUACAGCCCAUUAUGUGUUUGCACUUGGCAUUGCUCGAUUUUUGGGAUGUGCACAUUGGAUAUUAUCGGUUUAUGAUACUGCUGGAACAUAUCUGUACUUGCUUGGAAGCGGGUACUUUUGGCUACCAAUGGUUCUGCUCUCUGAAGUUGUUCAAACCUUUAUCCUGGCUGACUUCUGUUACUACUACGUGAAAAGUGUUGUCAACGGUCAGCUUCUAGUCAGCCUCCCUCCGGUUUAAGAUAAAGUUUAAUUAUUAUAGUCACAUAUGUGCAAGUUAGUAUCAAGUAUCUGUCAAUGCAACAUUUUACAACUGGUAAUGAAACAAACAUGAAAGAAGUAUCAGGAAUUUGUCGAUUUUGUUGAAACAAGA